AUGGAUCUGGCCAGUCUCCUGCAGGGCUCCGUCCCCAAGUCAUAUACUGAGACCUAUGGCAAGCGUUCUGCGCCUCUGUCGCCUCCCGCCGAAGAGCCCAAGUGCUCGCUGCCCUCAAUCUCAACUCUGCUCGAGGGUGCCGAUGAUCACGCAGCCAAGCGUCAACGCCUGAGCCCCCAGCGCGAUCACGCCGUGCAAUACGAUGUUCGCCUGCCCCCAACGCCUCCACUGCGUCCAGGCUCCGGCUCCGGCCAUGCAUCACCCUCAUCCAAGGACCACCGGUCCUCCAUCUCCUCCAUCAACUCCAUCAACUCCAACCCUCAAAUGGGCCCCUACGCUUCCCCAGCGCCUAGCGUAUCCUCCUACUCAUCACACACCUCCCCAGUGGAAGCUCAACCCCCCACAACCACAAUGUACUACCGCCCCCCGUCAACAACCACCUUCGCCCCCUCCCCCAUUCACCAACCCGCCCAAUCGCCAUCCCUCAUCUCCCCAGUUACCCCGGCCUGGCAACACCACCACUACUUCCCCCCUCCAGCACAACUCCAUACCAACAAAACCACGAUCGCUACAUCUGCCGCACCUGCCACAAGGCUUUCUCGCGUCCUUCCUCGCUGCGCAUCCACUCCCACAGCCACACGGGCGAGAAGCCCUUCCGCUGCACACACGCCGGCUGCGGAAAGGCUUUCUCCGUGCGCAGCAACAUGA